AUGCCUGUCCGACGGCGACUCUGUGGUAAGCAGCCGCCGCCAGACGGCCCCCCUGACCGGGAGGCACGCAAGCAGCUGCUGAUAUGGCUGCGCGACAAAUGGGCUGCGCAGCGAAUGGCCGCUCGGAAUGAGCACGGACACGCCAAGCGGCAGCGGUGGAGAGCUUCAUUUGCACAAGCCGACAGGCCGCAGAUUUUGCGCGACAUGUUGCCGCAAAUUCCUGUGAAGUUUGCACGUGCUGCACGUGACCUACUGGCAGGGUGGCAUGUCGAAGAGCCGAUUGUCAACGAGCCAUCGCCGCAAGCAUACAAGGGCACUGGUACUAUGUUCCGAUACAGUGGCUCCUUUAGCAUGAUUGAGCAUCAACCUUCCUUGGACCUGCUUGCGGCAGGACCAUCUGUCGACAUUGAUCUGCUCAGUGCCGGCCUACGAAACGCACCGCAGGUGCUUGCCAUUUGGGAUGACUUUCAAAGUUGGAUGACCGAGCUCGGCAACAAGUACCGCUUUGAACGGGUCAGCACCGCCCUGGAGCUCCACACAGAGGUGACGCUGCAACGCAGAGUGCCUUCCAUUCACUUGCACAUGAUGUUUGACACCCGCGACUCGGCAGCAAUGCGGGCUCGUGGGCGGUCAGUCCGUCGUGCACUGGAUCAAGGGCACUUUUAUCUCCAAGUGGAGAAGAAAGGGUCCAUUUUUCGCCAGACCACUUGCCCAGCAUACCAGACUUUCACAGUGAGCCCCGACUGGGUGACUGGACUUUGGCAGGGGGAUAAGAUUAACAAGGAGUGUGCCGAGCAGCACUACGUCCAAUGCAAGCGCAACAUUCGUGCUUACUGUGAGAACCUGAAGUACCAUGGCCAGAAACAACGGGAGCUGUACAUUCAGCAGCAGCAGGCUGCUGCAGCAGAGCUCUUGCGCCCACUGCAGAAAGAGCCAGUGGAACUACCAGAAGUGACGCAGCUGUUCUUGCCACAGUUCACGCGGCCUAUGCAUCGCCGAAAAUUCUUGGUGCUGAAUGGCCCAACGCGCCUGGGGAAGACUGUCUAUGCACGGUCUCUCUUUGGCGCAGAUCACACGUAUGAAACCAAUUGUUCCGGGGUGUUGGAGCCCGACAUGAGGGAAUAUGAUGUGCUACGGCACCGGUGUGUGGUGUUUGAUGAAGCUAGUGUCCAUCUUGUCUUGAAGCACAAAAAAUUGUUUCAGGCGCCGCCUGCCGAAAUUUCACUUGGGCACUCGGCGACAGGCAUGUAUGUUUAUCGCAUCUGGGUUUGGAAUGUCGCUCUCAUUGUCACAUCCAAUGUCUGGACCACACUGGAGCAGCUCGCUGCAGAAGAUCGGGAAUGGCUAGAAGGGAAUGCGAGUCUCCAUAUUGUCUGCCUGUGUGACACACGGCUUGCCGGCGUCCCUGUGCAUGCCAUGAUGCCGGAUGCAGCUGCAGCUGAAGUAGUCCGAUUACAGCAAGCUUUAGUGGCUAACCGGAACGAGUUGAAAGGCGCUUACCAGCAGGCCAGACGGCAGCAAAAGAGAGUGCAAUGUUGUGGCCUGGGGCCUGCAGCUCGCCGAACGACCCUAGCUGUGUAUGUGCUGUCCAACUACAACAUAGCUCUCGCUGUCCGCGUGGCUUGCAGGUUAUCCACGUACAAGCGCCCUGAGGAUGCUGGGUUCCCAACAGCUGCAGCCCUAGAAGAGCUUUUUUUGGAAUCCCCGCCAACAGACUGGCUGGAAUUCGGCGAGCUAGCAGCGCAGAGGGCACACGCCUUUUUGGCAGAGGCCGCAACUUCGGAUUGGGUGCGUGAUUGCAAUGUCUUGCAUGGUGUGGCCCCUUCCUCGAUGGACGUCUUCUUGCACUGGGAGCAUGCCUUUAUCGGCCAUCGGCUCGACGUGGGUGUCCCUCCGCGACGCUACGUGAACAAGUGGGCGCAGAAGUGGCGUGCGCGUUGGGGUGUCCGCCGCAAAGUGUUGAAACAGGUGGUGCACAAG